AUGAGUUACCGCCUCAUCGUGGGUGAGGUGUUCCUGAGUGUCGGGUUGCGGUGUAUAGAAGGUGAUUCUUCCCCCGGCAGAGUUUCGCAGGCUGAGAAGGAAUCCAGUCACCGACCUGGUAUCAAAUUGGUCCCUGCUGUUAUUAUGGAACGAGGCCACCACUCAAACAUCUUUUGCUAUCAAUUCUCACUCGAGUUAUUGUAUUCUGGUGGUAACGAUGGUAUGGUAAUUUGUCACGACGUGGACACCCGAAAGCCCCUCUGUGUAUAUGAAGAACGUCAUCCUGUCUACAGUAUUUCUGCUAAUCUCGCUGAACGCCGUAAGGUGGAACUCAAGGAUCCUCAGUACAGUAAUGUACACACGAUUAAGUCCAUUACAUUCAUGGAUGACAACACGAUAGUGACGGGUAGCGAUGAUUUCAAUGUAUACGCUUGGCGCAUACCUGGAACUGAUAGUAACGGUACUUCAGGUGGCUUGUCCAUAGAAACGAGCUUAUUCCCAUUUAAGAUGUUUUGCAGAGAUCUUAAUAGUGGUAAUCGAGGGCUGCAUGCCCCAAUGAAUGAGGCAGAUGGCACGAGUUAUCUUCGAUCUCGUUCUUCCACUUAUCAGUCUGUAAUCCUUACUUUUGUUCACACUUUUGCAUUUGUCGAAGUGAGCGAACGUGUACCAAUUCGGAAAUGUACCAAUUUUUGGCUUGCUUCAAGAAACAACAGAACUUGA